AUGUAUACGAAAAACUGCCUAGCGUUGCUCGUUACAUCCGUGCUGUUCCUGCAGGACUACGCUGUUAGCGCCGAUGUCAUUGCAGCCGGCGAAAAUUUCCGCACAGUCGACAAGUAUGCCCACCGAAAAGACCGCAGCAGCCCUGCGGGUUUAAGCUCCGUCCUUGCUGCUAGAAACAUCCCGUGCUCCCAAAGUGGUGGCGGCGGUGACUGUGACCCUGCCUCUGGCUCUGGCAGCUCCCUAGGAGGCAGUGGAGCAGGAUCCUCUACCGCACUAUCGCCGGCGUCCUCAUGCGCCGUCACCAUCGGCCCUGUGGUGCUUGCCCCGGCCCCGUCCACGGCCAGUCUCAACCCCGUGGCAAGCGCCCUAUGCGCUGCCUGCCCUCCUAUCAACUGUGCUGGCAGCAGCAGCAGCAGCAGCAGCAGCAGCAGCGUACGAGGAGCUGGUGCUAUACCUACUCCUGUAACUGUGACUGUGACCGUAACCAGCACGCCCAGCACAACAGCUAGCAGCAGGUCUGCUGCCGAAGUGUCCAGCAGUGCAGUUGGGACAGGUGAAGUAGCAAGAGAAAGCAGUACAUCUUCCGCCCGGCCAUCUGCGUCAGCUGUGGUCAUUUCAAGCUCCAGACCCCCAAGCGGCAGCUCCAGACCCGCUGGCCGCAGCUCCACGCCUCUGAUCCCAGAAGUCAGUACCACUAUCGUAACAAUCCGGAGCACACUUCAAACGGUGUCAACGACGGUAGCAGUGGCAGGGGCAGGGGCGGGGGCGGGGGCAGGUGCCAGUGCCAGUGUCAGUGCCAGUGUUAGUGCCAGUGUCAGUGUCAGUGCCGGAGGCUCUACUACGGCGCGGGCGUCGCUUCCACCCGGUAUAAUUCGCCGCGUAGUGUUGGGGAUGACGAACAUGACGGCGCCCUUCGCUAACACGAGUAGUAUUGUCUCGAAUGCGACGAGGACGUUCAACGUGACGAGCCCGUUGACCGUGCCUACCCGUGAACCUGUGCCUGUGUAUCGGUUUCACCUGCGAGAUCGCAAUCAUUGA